AGAAGCACCCGAGGAGCCGGCCUGUAACCUGCUGAGGCGGCUCUUGUAGCCGCAGCUGCUGCAGCGCUCGCCGCCGCAGACGCCUCCGGAGGUAUCCAGUUGGGGGGAAAGCGGAGGUGUCGCUGGCCCCGGCCUGUGCCUGGACACUCAAGGGGGACUACAGAUUCAAGUCUCCUCACACCCUUUAUCCUCGGGAAUGGGGUGCAGGGAGGUUAUGGGUGCUUCAUGUGUGCUUUCAGAGCAGUAGUGUGAGGAAGCUUGAAGUGGGAUGGCAGGACGGCCUCAUCCUUAUGACAGUAACUCCAGUGAGCCAGAGAAUUGGGAUCGGAAAUUGCAUAGUAGACCUCGUAAACUUUAUAAACAUUCAAGUGCUCCCUCACGUGUUGCUAAAGGAGUUGUCGAGCACACCAAAAUGAGUCUACAUGGUGCUAGUGGGGGACAUGAGAGAUCAAGAGAUAGACGAAGGUCAAGUGACCGAUCACGAGAUUCAUCUCACGAAAGAACAGAAUCUCAGCUCACUCCUUGUAUUAGAAAUGUUACUUCUCCAACACGACAACACCAUGUUGAACGUGAAAAAGAUCACAGCUCCUCUCGUCCAAGCAGUCCUCGUCCUCAAAAAGCAUCUCCAAGUGGUUCCAGUAGCAGUGCUGGGAACAGCAGCAGAAACAGUAGUCAGUCGAGUUCAGAUGGCAGCUGUAAGACAUCUGGGGAAAUGGUGUUUGUGUAUGAAAAUGCAAAAGAAGGAGCUCGGAAUGUAAGAACGUCAGAACGAGUGACACUAAUAGUGGAUAACACUAGAUUUGUUGUAGACCCAUCCAUUUUUACUGCACAGCCAAAUACAAUGUUGGGCAGGAUGUUUGGAUCUGGCAGAGAACAUAACUUUACACGUCCCAAUGAGAAGGGAGAGUAUGAGGUGGCAGAGGGGAUUGGCUCUACUGUGUUUCGAGCUAUUCUGGAUUACUAUAAAACAGGAAUAAUCCGUUGUCCUGAUGGCAUAUCUAUUCCUGAACUGAGAGAAGCAUGUGACUAUCUUUGUAUCUCUUUUGAAUAUAGUACUAUUAAAUGCAGAGAUCUCAGUGCCCUAAUGCAUGAGUUAUCAAACGAUGGUGCUCGUAGGCAGUUCGAAUUUUACCUGGAAGAAAUGAUUCUGCCUCUCAUGGUAGCUAGUGCCCAGAGUGGGGAACGCGAAUGCCACAUAGUGGUGCUUACAGACGAUGAUGUGGUUGAUUGGGAUGAAGAAUAUCCACCACAGAUGGGAGAAGAAUAUUCACAAAUUCACCUUUUAAGGGAGAUAACUCCACCUGAAAGAGAGAAGGCGAGGAAGGUCCAUCAGUCUAACUCCCUGAAGUGCCCAGCACAUUUGGAAGACUCAACAUGUUUUAUUUAUAGCACAAAAUUAUAUAGAUUUUUCAAGUACAUUGAAAACAGAGAUGUGGCCAAAUCAGUUUUGAAGGAGAGGGGUCUUAAGAAGAUUAGAUUGGGAAUAGAAGGUUAUCCAACCUACAAAGAAAAAGUAAAGAAAAGGCCUGGGGGCCGCCCAGAAGUGAUUUACAACUAUGUCCAAAGACCCUUUAUUCGAAUGUCUUGGGAGAAGGAAGAAGGAAAGAGUCGGCAUGUAGACUUUCAGUGUGUAAAGAGUAAAUCUAUCACCAACCUUGCAGCAGCUGCAGCUGACAUUCCCCAGGACCAGCUGGUAGUCAUGCACCCAACUCCUCAAGUGGAUGAGCUGGAUAUUCUCCCUAUCCAUCCCCCUUCUAGCAACAAUGACCUCGAUCCUGACGCACAGAAUCCGAUGCUGUGAUGGUGAUGUUGCUUGAAACCAUAGCAUGCUACUCUUUGCAGUGACGCUGCACUCUCCUCAUCCUGCACUGCAAGGCCACUCUCUGCAUUGUGAGAUGCACAGAACAAUGUUUAGGAUAUUGCAGUGUAGACUUUUUUAAAGACCAAAGGUAGCUGAAUGGUUUUUUAAAUGAGUACAACUCUAGCAUCUUGAGGUUCCAGUUAUAUAAAUGUAUUUGUUUACCGGUAGGUUUGUGAAAUUGGUUCUUGGUAUGGGGGGACAGUCCUUUUUCACACAUCUAGAUCUUUUCAGAAGUGGCAGAAAUUGGCAGCUGGGGUACUUUCAGUCUAGGUUGAUAUUCAUCACACCCCAGAUAAAAUGUAGAAUAUUAUAUAGUUGCACUUUAUAUAUGGUGGUCAAGUGGAAAUGUUCAAACCAUUUUUAUAGUUGUGAUGCACAAUAUAAUUUAAAUAAGUGCUUCUAUCAAAGUAUUCCUUCAGUGAAAUGUGUAUAGUUUGCUGCCCAUGAUGAGCAAAAAAUGAGUAUCAUUGGGCUUAUUUGAAUGAUUAGGAUGAGAUUCAAUGCCCGUAUUCUUAUCAGUUAUCUUCAGUGCCGUUUUCAUCCUUUUCAAGUGAGUCACAUGCAGGGAGUGUGAACGUCAGGUGGUUUAUUAUCCAGUCUGCCUUACCCUUAAUCUGUCCAGAUAUUUAUUUACUAACGAUUUUUUUUUGAGUUAUGGUAUAGGAAGAUGAAGUGUUUGCUCUUCAUUUACUAAAUGAUUGUAAACUCGUUUUUCAUCAAAAUAAAAUUCCAUUGUUUUAAUGUUUCUGAUCUUUAUAACCACCUUGACCAGAUUUUCCAUCUCAUAAUUAGCAGAUAUCCUGUCUUGGUGUCAGUAUAACUAGAAACCAGGUAGCUGAAGGAACUCCAGUUUGGUAUAUGUGU